AUGCAACGAAGACAGUCCACACCAGUGCUGCCUUCUGAAUUGCCUAUCAGUCCGGUUGGUUUGGAGGAAGAAAUUACGGAUGACGAUAUUUACAAUGCUUUUGGAAUUGAGUUUGGCUUUGAGGGACUGGAAGCGGAUGACGCCAAAAGUUCCAAAAGCAAGAAAAAGAAGCCGUCUUCCAAGAAGAAGGCAAAGCAACGUGCCAGUGAACCAGUCAUCAAGAGUCUCAAAUCACCCAAAACGCCCAAGAAAGCUAGCAUUAAGAAGGAAGGAUCCAAAAAAGGCAGCGAUCUCAAGGUUCCGAAAACACCCAAAUCACCCAAGACACCCAAGACACCCAAGACACCCAAAACACAAAGGGCAAGAAUAUCUAUGGCAGAAUUCGAAGCACUCACACUUUCUGCCAAAGCCAAUCAGGAGGAAUUGGCAAAAUUAAAGGCAGAAGAAGUGGCCGCUGCCGCCAAACUUAAGGAGCAGGAAGAAGCCAGACGCAAGGCAGAAGAAGAAGCUGCUGCCAUCAAAUUGCAACUCCAAGAAGAAGAAGCAAAACGGCAGGCUGCUGAAGAAGAACGACUGCGUGCUGACGAAGAAGCAAAACAAAAGGCAGAAGACGCGGAGCGACUACGUGCUGAAGAAGAAGCCAAACGCAAUGCCGAACUAGAAGCCGAACGUGAACGUCUCAAGGAACAACAGGAAUUGCUAGUGCAAGAAAAAGCAGAACUUGCUCGUCUGAGACAGGCUGAACAAAACCGACUGGAAAAGGAACGAGCCGAGCUUCAACGACAAAGGGAAGAAGAAGAGAAACGAUUGGCCCAGGAACGUGCCGACCUAGAACGUCGCCGAAAGGAGGAGGAAGAGCAACUCAAGAGGGACAAGGAAGACCAAGCCCGUCAAUUGAGAGAAGAUAAGGAUAUUAUUAAGGCCGAGAAGGAAGCAGAGAAGGCCCGACUGAUGAAUGAAAAACUAGAAAAGCAACGCUUGGCCCAGGAAGAAAAGGCUCGACAGAAGUCUGAAAAGCAAGAACGCGAACGUCUAUUAAAAGAAGAAAAGGCCAGAAUCAAGGCCGAGAAGGAUGCCGAGAAGGCACGCAUCAAGGCCGAAAAAGAAAUUGAAAAGGCUAGAAUUAAGGCAGAAAAGGAAGCUGAAAAGGCCCGCAUCAAGGCCGAGAAAGAGGAACGAGAACGCAUCGCUAAGGAAGAAAAGGAAGCUGAAAAGCAACGCAAACUGGAAGAAUCAGAACGAAAGACUGCCGAAGAAGCUCGUAUAGCCGCAGAACAAGCCCGGAUCAAAGCGGAAGAACAAGAGCGCUUGCAGGCGAGUACAGAAACCAAACAGUUCAAAGAAGAACGUGAGCGAUUCGAACGCGAGCGCAAGGAUUUUGAGCGUCAAAAGAGAGAAGAAGAAGUCCGCCUGAAGCGAGAGGCAGAGAUUCUGGCAGCAGAUUCCGAGGCCCAUGCUGCACGUCUAAGGGAAGAAGAAGCACAAAGACUUGCCGAGUUGGAAGAAGAAAAAAAGAGAUUAGAGCAAGAACGAUUGGCUCAACUGAGAAAGGAAGAAGAACUGGCCGAACGAGAACGAAAAGAACAGGAACGGACUGCCGAGACAGAGGCAGAAGAACGGGCACGAAGAAAGCGAGAAUCCUGGAUGCGAAAGCAGGAAAGUCGGAAAAAGUUGGAGGACGAAGCGGAAGCAAAUCACAAAAAUAAAGCUGAUGGUCGUGUAUCAAUAAAAAAGAAUGAUCGACAGUUCGCCUCCUCUGGAUGGAACAAAGUUGUGAGAUAA